CGUAGUGAGUUUGUUGAUGUGUGUAUGCAUGCAGGGUGUGCGAACUACCCCGGCACCUCGUGCGGCGACCCUAGCUUCACCGGCGGCGACGGCGUCACCUUCUACUUCCACGGCAGGAAGGACCAGGACUUCUGCAUCGUCUCCGACGCCGACCUCCACAUCAACGCCCACUUCAUCGGCAACCACAACCCUGUCAACGAGCGCACCUUCACGUGGAUACAGUCCAUCGGCGUGAGCUUCGGCGAUCACCGCCUCUUCGUCGGCGCUCGCAAGGCCGUCGAGUGGGACGAGGAAGAGGACCACAUCGAGAUCACCUUCGACGGUGAGCCCAUCAAUCCCGAAGCUGUGUUGAACGCCCGAUGGGUGUCGAAGCUCCAAGAUGGCCUAUCCGUGAAGCGCGCGGACACCGUCAACUCUGUCAAGGUGGAUCUCGCGGGCGUGUUCAGCAUCUCGGCCAGCGCGGUGCCGAUCACGGACGAGGACUCCAAGAUCCACAGCUAUGGCAAGACCAUGAAGGACAGCCUCGUGCACCUUGACCUCCGCUUCAAGUUUCAUUCCCUCACAGACGUCGUCGAUGGUGUCCUUGGCCAGACCUACCGGCUGGACUAUGUCAACAAGAUGAAUGUCACUGCUAAGAUGCCCAUCAUGGGCGGCGCUCCAAAAUAUCUGUCCUCGGGGCUCUUCUCGACGGACUGUGCAGUCUCCAAGUUCCAACGUGGCGGUGGCGGCGGCAACCAUGUUCGUGCCUUGGCUGCAUAAAUGAA